CUCAAACAACCACAACCUUUUGUUCAACAUACUUUUUUUUUGUCAAAUACCUUUUUAUUUUUUUUAUACUGCGACUUUUUAAAUUUUAAAUUUCAAACAUGCAAAUCUUCGUAAAGACUCUUACCGGCAAGACCAUUACUCUCGAAGUUGAAUCUUCAGAUACUAUUGACCAAGUCAAGGCAAAAAUCCAAGAUAAAGAAGGAAUUCCUCCGGAUCAACAACGCUUAAUCUUUGCCGGAAAACAGUUGGAAGACGGACGUAGCUUAUCUGAUUACAACAUUCAGAAAGAGUCAACUCUUCAUCUCGUACUCCGUCUUAGAGGUGGUAUGCAAAUAUUCGUCAAGACCCUUACUGGGAAAACCAUUACCCUUGAAGUCGAGUCCAAUGAUACUAUUGAUCAAGUUAAAGCAAAGAUUCAAGAUAAGGAAGGAAUUCCUCCAGAUCAACAACGCUUAAUCUUCGCUGGUAAACAAUUGGAAGAUGGGCGUACUUUGUCAGAUUAUAAUAUUCAAAAAGAAUCAACUCUCCAUCUCGUACUCCGUUUAAGAGGUGGUAUGCAAAUUUUCGUCAAGACCCUCACCGGUAAAACAAUUACCCUUGAAGUUGAGUCCUCUGAUACCAUAGACCAAGUUAAAGCAAAGAUUCAAGAUAAGGAAGGUAUUCCUCCAGAUCAGCAACGCUUGAUCUUCGCUGGUAAACAAUUGGAAGAUGGCCGUACUUUAUCGGAUUAUAAUAUUCAAAAAGAAUCUACUCUCCAUCUCGUACUUCGUCUUCGGGGUGGUCAAUAGACGUCUUGUUAUUUGUCAGAAUAUGUUGCAAAUGAUACGAUAUGCUUUCAAGGAUAGUUAUAUUAUUUUGCAUAUAAUAGAUUUGUUUAUUAAAGAGUAUUAAUUAUUGUACUUAGAUCUUUUUAGCAAUAAAAAAUAUAAACGUUAGUAAAUUUAAUAAAUUUAAUAAAAUUGCAUUAAAUUUUUUUUAUAAUGAUAUUGAAGUUAUUUUAAAAGUAUUUCAAAGUAACUAUAAUAAAUAAUG